UCUAUCUUGAGAAAUGUAAAGCUUUUAAGAAUUGAAGGAAUACAUGUUGCUUGUGGGAGAGGUUGGGUGUAAAAUAGCUGGUUGGUUUUGAUAAUUGUCAUUUUCUAAAUUAAGAGAAUAUGUUGUUCAAGUUGCUGCAAUAUGGGAUGGCAGUGGACUAUUAGUUUAGUGAUCAUAUAAAACAAGGGGCACAUGUAGCAGUUCCAGAACCAUUGUCCCCACCCUAGACGUCUGAAAGGAAAAACAAUAUAUAAUUCUUGAUGAUGUGAGUGUAAAGUUUUGCAACACCUCUUCAUCGAUUCCAUUGCCUGAAGAAACAAAUUGAACUGAUGGGUAGGUACCGCAUGCAGCCAUACAUCAACCAUGAAUCGGCUUUACAAUGGAACAGUUCCCCCAUGUCUUUCAUCAGCUAUAACAGUAGUACCAGCACUCUCAGAGGACACCAUGUCAACAUGUAUGUUAGCUCCCAACUUCACCUCAGGCCUUCAUGCCAUCAAUAAAUCAUCAAAUGGGAAGCUUUGUUCUGGGCCAUAUGUUACUGAGCCAUCUGAUUCUGAUACUCAAUUGCUGUCAACACAUUCAUCGCUCCUGUGUAAUUCAAGGCCUUUAAUGAUGGAUUUUCCAGAAGUAUCUGAACAGAUAAGUUCGAACCAAGAACAACUCCUAGGUUUAUUUGAUUAUCCAUCAAGUGUUGGUUUUCCCAAUCCACAAAACGUGACUGCCUUUGGCCAACAAGUUCAAGACACCAUCAUAACCGAUCCUAACACUCGUGUUGGCGGUGUUGCACUGCAAAAUGAGUGGUUCUCAUCUGGGAGUUCCAUGCAGCUUCCCAAAAAUUUGAUGCAAGAAGUGCAACACCAGCCACACCUAAAAGUUAUCCGUACUGCCGUACUCAAAGAAGUCUACCGAAUCCUUUCAACUGUGAUGAACUUUGCACUGACAACCUGCCUUCUUCAAAUUCUGCUCCAAAGUCAAGGAUACGCUGGACACCUGAGCUCCAUGAGCGUUUUGUUGAUGCUGUUAACAAGCUGGGGGGGAGCGAAAGUAGAAGCAACUCCAAAAGCAGUCCAGAAGGUUAUGAAGGUCGAAGGAUUAACUAUAUACCAUGUAAAAAGUCAUCUGCAGAAGUACCGUACGGUGCAACAUCGACCUGAAUCAUCAGAUGGUCAGUCUGUGUCUCUAUGGGUCCGUCUGGUUCCAAUUUUCCAUGCCGAUUCGCUUCACAGAAUCUGAAAACGCAACCAAAGGGGUUCCACAGCUGCAGCGAUUUUUUGGAAUCCACCGAUUCCCGCAAGUGCGAGGAGGCAGCGGGGGUCUGGGCAGAUUCUACCGAUUCGCGCUCUGUAAUUACCCGCGUUGCCACUGCUAAGUGAUAACGGUUCGCUUCUUUUCUUUUCUUCCUCCCCCGUGCGCCUCCUCCCCGGCCCUCUCCCUCUCCCCCCCGACGCGCCCCCGCCGCCGCCC